ACGUUCACGCCGGUGCGCCUAGACAAGCAGCAGCAGCGGAUUCUCUGGCAGUUCUCGGUCCUGUACACGGUGAACAUAGCCGUCAGCAAUAUCUCGCUGAACUUUGUGACAAUUCCCUUUCACCAGGUAGUCCGAGGCACCGUGCCCGUGUUUACAUUGGCCAUUACCGCAUUGUCUGGGGGCGAUCCGAAGCUGCCAAUACUGGCGUAUGUUAGCUUGGUGCCGGUGGUCAUGGGCGUGGGGCUGGCGACCUACGGCGAUUACUCGUGGACUGUGGUGGGCCUGCUGCUGACGCUCUUGGGGACGGUGCUGGCUGCAGUGAAAACCGUCCUGAAGCUGGGGGCUUUUGAUCUGCUGUACAGGCUCAGCCCAUUGGCGCUUGCGCAGACCCUGGCGUGGUCGCUGGUCACGGGCGAAUUUGCCCAGGCCAGGGCGUUCAUGACCGGCAUGGAUUCGGUUUGGCCGCUGCUGGGUGCAUUGGCUGCCAACGGCGCCAUUGCGUUUGUGCUGAAUAUCGCCAGCUUCACUGCGAGCAAGAACACCAGCGCCCUGGCCAUGACUGUCACUGGAAACGUCAAGGUUGUACUGACUGUCGUUCUCGGCUGCAUUCUGUUCAGCGUCCAGCUCUCGUAUCUCAGCAUGCUAGGAAUCGCGAUUACGCUGUUUGGCGGGGCCAUGUAUUCUCUAGUCCGUCUACACAGAAAAUAAACACUCUAGAACAGGUUGCGGCACAGCGGGCACGAG